AUGAACAACACAAUUGCAAGGAUUGUUGUUUUAAUUGGUCUAAUUUUUGUGGCGACCUACACGAUUUAUUUGUUACCAAAUCUAUCUCAAUCUAUAAAAGUUUACCAAACAGAAAAUAUAUAUCACUUAUCAAAUAACAAACAACAAGUAUCAAAUUAUAAUAUAGAUUAUGAAUUUAGAGGAAAGAAUUUUACACAGGACAUGAAUAAUUUCCCAUGGGAGGAUUUUAAAGCAGCAGCAAGAACUGGUAAAACUGAAAAUACAGAUAAAUAUUCACAAAUGUUGAUUUUAACAUUAUCAAACUAUUUAAUUGAACCGCCAUUAGUGCCAAUUAAUGAAUCAUGUAAACCUGAACCUUUACCAAUUAUUAAUAAUUCUGUUUGUGGGAAAUAUCCAAGAGUAUUCUCAGGUAAACGUGAUAAACCUGUUAAAAUCGGACACAUGGUACAAAUUGGUUUCGAUAUUGAUGUUUUAGAAGUUCAUUUAAAUGAAUUAUAUGAUGUUAUUGACCAUUUCUUUAUUCUCGAAUCAACAGUAACACAUUAUCAUAAAAUGAAAAAACCAUUGAUUUGGGAACAUGUUAAAUUUCAAGAUCGUUUCAUUAAAUUUCAAGAUAAAGUUGUACAUUUAAUUUUAGAUGAUACUGAUGAAGAGAAUGGUAAAGGUUUAUUCGAUGCAGAAAGUUAUCAGGAAACUCGUCGUUGGCAAAAGUUUUUAUACUGGAAUGAGAGAACAAACCAAUAUGGUGAUGAUGAUAUUAUUGGGUUUGGCGAUACCGAUGAAAUCAGUGCAAGAAUUAAUUUACAUUAUUUAAAGAAUUGCCAAUUUAGAAAAAGUGUUGAUAUUGUUGAUAUUGGUAUUUGGUUCCCGUAUGGUCCAAUUAAUCAAGUUUUUAAACCUUUUUAUUCAGUACCAAAUAAUCCAUAUACACUUGGUGAUCCGACUUUUUAUACAUUGAAAAGAGCAAAAUCAACAACUAAAGCACCAUCUAGAAAUCGUGGUACUUCGGGUCACUAUAUGCUGGGUGGAAUGCAUAUGACUCAUUAUGGUUAUUUACCAUUCCAAAUGGUGAAAUAUUUAUCAUGUACUGAAUGUGGUAUCAAAAAUGAAACUCAUGUUAAAAAUUUUUCAGAUGACAUUCAAAAUGGAAAUAUUCAAAAAUUAGAACUUCGUUUAUUAGAAACAAAAUCUGACCACGCUUAUAAAAUUCAAGAUAUUAGCACAAUGGAUGAUUUCUUUAAAAAAGAAGUCGCUAUUUUACCAUGGUUUUAUAAUUGUAAUCGUAAUCGUUACCCUGUUUGGGAAAGAAAAAAUGAUCCAAGAUUAUUUUAA